GGGACUUACCCCAGCUCACCCAGCACAGCUAGGAAUAGAGCCCAGGGCUUUGGUCAGGGCUCCAUGCACCGGGCCACAGCAGCACAGCCCAGGUUCGUACGACCCUGCCCAGUCUUGCCCUUGGGGCAGGAAUGGAUUUUUUUAUUUCAUGUGCUUUUUUUUUUUUUUUUUGUCCUGUAUCUGAACCCAAACUUUUCAUUUUCCAGGGUGACUGCAAAGCCCAGCAGAGCAGUGUGGCCCCAGAGGCAGGUAGCAGGGGCUGUGACCCUGGCACUUACCUGGCAGCAGAUAGCAACAGUGGCCUCACUGAGCCGAAGAAGCUGCCGAACCCGGUCCGAGAGUCCAAGACCCACCAGGAGCUCCAUCGGGAGCUGCUGUUCAGCCAUAGGAGGGGGCUGUUGCCAGAACACAAACCAGAGCUCCAGAAGGUUCUGGAGACCAGGAGAUUCAAGCAGCUGAAGCAGCAGCAGGAGUCACAGAGGCCCCGAACGGAUCUGGAAGAGGAGCUGAGGAAACGACACCGGAUGCUGGAGCAGUAUGAGCGAGAGUUGGCCUUGAAGGGGGAGCAGGAGCGCAGGCCUGAGUUCAUCCUCGUCAAGGAGAGCCUGAAGAAGAUCAAGCUAUCUGGAGAAACAGGCAUGAGACAGACCUGAGGGGCAGGUGGCAACGUC